UGACAGAUGAGAGCUGAGCGCAGGAUCUGCCCCAUCUCCAGGGACUAUAUUAUCCCAUCAGCCCCGACCCCAGCACCACAUAAAGGGUCCCAAUGAUGAGGCGUGUGUUAGAGCGUCCCUGCACUCUGGCAAUGCUCAUUGGCUUCCAGUUUGCCUUCAUGGUCUACUUCUCCUUUGGUGGCCUCCGCAGCCUGGCCUUUAUCUUCGGACGCUCCUCUGAGCCCAGUUUUGACUAUACCCGCACCCAUGAUGUCUACAGCAACCUCUCCCUGGUCAACUCCAUGGUGCCCCCUAGUACUGAAGAGGACACCCUACUUCCUAGAUGCCCACAGAGAUCCCCUUAUUUGGUGGGCCCCAUUUCCGUCACCUUCAGCCAAAUCCCCACCCUGAGAGAGAUUCACAACAAGAACCCCCUCGUGUUCAAAGGUGGGGAGUACAAGCCCCCAAACUGUGAGGCCCGGCACAACACGGCCAUCAUCAUUCCUCACCGGAACAGAGAGACUCACCUGAGGCACCUGCUCUAUUACCUGCACCCCUUCCUGCAGCGCCAGCAGCUCCACUACAGGAUCUACAUCAUCCAUCAGGCGGGUAACUCCACGUUCAACCGGGCCAAGCUGCUGAAUGUUGGGGUGAAGGAAGCUCUGCGGGAUGAGGACUGGGACUGUCUGUUUCUCCAUGAUGUAGAUCUGAUACCUGAGAAUGACUUCAACUUGUAUGUGUGUGACCCCUGGAGCCCCAAACACGCCUCUGUAGCCAUGAACAAAUUCAGCUACAGCCUGCCAUACCCUAUGUAUUUUGGGGGAGUCUCUGCCCUAACCCCAGACCAGUAUAUGAAGAUGAAUGGAUUUCCUAAUGAGUAUUGGGGAUGGGGAGGUGAAGAUGAUGAUAUUGCCACCAGGGUCCGUCUGGGCGGUAUGAAAAUCACCCGUCCGUCUGUCUCUGUGGGGCACUAUAAGAUGGUCAAGCACAAGGGAGACCAGGGCAACGAGGAGAAUCCACACAGGUUUGACCUUCUUAUCAGGACCCAAAGGAUGUGGAAAGUGGACGGCAUGAACUCGCUGAACUACAAGCUGCUGGCCAGAGAGCUAGAACCUCUCUACACCAAUGUGACCGUGGAUAUAGGGGUGGACCCUAGGGCAAAGAAAGCCCUCAGAAAUCGGGGUCCAACCCCUCCAGCGAUCAGUCACUACAUCAACACGACGAAGAACACGCCAGCUGACGGACAAAUAAGAAACCCGGCUGAUCAUCCAACUAAUGACUCAGAUAUAAAUGAGGCGGAACUCUCUGCAGAAAGGAGAAAUAAGGGCCCCGUUGUGGCCCCAGAGUCGACAUUAGCUGAAAAAUUGUCCCUGCCCAUGGCAAGUGCCCCACAUAGCGCUCAAGGGGAGGACAAGCAGAUAAGUGUGAUCCGGAGUAUGAAAGAUAAUAAUGGGAACCGGGUAAAAGAAGUGCAAGCCCACCGGGUAAAGAAGAAGAGUAGGGUUCAGCGCAGCAGCAAGCUGGAGAGGCAAGUGGAACUGUUUGGAGCAGAGAGAGAGAAACCUCAGGACGUAGGAAGGUCUUUGCCACAUCUUAGCAGAGCUCCCCUCUAAAGGAAGCGCAUGGGGCCCCUCGUAAUGCUUCUGAUUGGUUACUGCUGGGCGGGAGUCCAAUGCUUCUACCUGCGUGUGCUGUCUUUUGUUUUGUUGCAGCAGUGAGACCUGAAUGUGUUCUGGAGAUUUGGGGGAUUAUAUUUUUGUUAUGGACUCGUUGCUGUUGGAUAUGGCCGAGCAGAUUCCGACAGCCUCUUGGAUUUGUAUUUCCGGGGGAAUGAACAGGUUUCAUGACCUUCUCCCAGAUAUUGAUUCCCCACAGAGACUGCUUAUGUGCGAGACCCCAGGAAAUUUAUGAAGGAUAUGACCUUAAACAUAAGGAAUCUCCAAUAUAAAGCCCUUAGCUGCUGGGGGUCCAACAAUGGCCGACGGCUGACAGUUGGGGAUCUCCAAGGCAACAAUAAUGCAAAAAGUAUGAACUAAUGUAGAAGAUUUUAAUGAGAAGCUGUACUGGGAAUGGAAGGAACCUCCCUUUACCCAAACCAAUGUCACAACUGUGCUGUUCCCUAAAUAACAGGUGCCUCAGUGAUGGGGUGGGGGUGGGAAUGGGGGGUACAGGAUCCACUGUGAAUUUAGAACUGACCAUUCAUAAGCUCCGCUGCCUUGUCCUUCACACUCUGUUUCUUGGUAAAGUGCAGCACUGCCUCACAAAAGCCUGUACAGACAGCAGCCAACUGUCUGGAGAAGACAAGGUUGUGCAUAGAAAUUAUGGUUAUAUUUUUUAAAGGGUAAGUUAACGUUCAGUGCUGUGCACUGACCACUAUUGCAGAACGAUUAUUCCCUCCCCCCCACCCAGGGGAAAUAAUAGUCUGUCCCACACCAAACAUUUUGGUGUUGUUCUUGCAGGAAACGUUUCGACGCGUACGAGUGCGCCAGUAUUUAUUUACCGGAAUUUAGAAGAAAAAAAAAGUGUUUUAAUCCGGACCCCUUCAGGGCGGCCCUUGUGAGUAGAACUCGGCUGGACCCUCUGGAGGGGGAAGGGGCCAUGAUGUAUUCACUUAAAUUAUGUCCAACCACAAA